AUGGACCAGAACAAGUACAUUAUGCCAGUACCUGAUUUAAUUCAAAUUCAUCACAAAGAUCGCAGGAAGAUGGACGAUUAUGUGCUUGACUUCCCAGCUACGGAGCACGGCUACCGUAUUCGAAUCGGCAACUCUCAAAAAAAAAGUAGUUCGGUCUCACACUACGAAUGCUACCGAUCAGGCUAUCCCUCUGGUCGAGCCAAUUUCGCAGGAACCACCAAAUCGGCUCGAAUUGGAUGCCCAUUCAAACUAGACACCCGAUACCUACACGAUUUCUCAACUUGGAUUCUCAUCCACACUCAUCUGGGCCACAAUCACCCGACCGACCCGAAUGUGAAACCUCGCAAGAGGUACAAGGACCCCAAAGCUGGACCGAUCCUUGCCCCAGGCGUCCUUCUCGAUGACGAAGUCAUAGUCAAUGACAAAGCCAGUCCAAUCUUGCAUGAACCAGCCAUCGGAACCUCACAUCUGAAUUCAAAAUUGGACCCUACCUCGACAGCCGAAGGACCCAAUUCACUUGCGAACACAAACUACUCAUGGAAAAUCGAACCUACUUUAACAAAACCAACCACCACCACUCAUCCAUUGCCAAUUCGAAACAUCGACCAGCAUCCCGGACAGCCGAACUAUGACAUUGAAAGAGACCCUCAGUUGAACAACUCACUCGACACCACUCUUUCAAACCUCAGAGCCCACCUCUCCGCUAUGACACCAGAUCGUCAGCAGGAUAUACUAAAGAAGAUCCAGACACUCAUUAGCAAUGAACGCAUUAUCAACAAUGAGGGGAAAUUACCUAUAUUGUUCUUACCAGAACCAACACAACAGACUUUGCUUCAAGAAUUGGAGAACAAUACCCCGAUUUUACCUUACGCCUCGCUAGACAUAGGCGUAGAUCAGGAAGAGCGCUCAGUUGAAAGUCUUAUCGAACAGUUCUGUGGUCCUUCAGAAAUUACCACCUCCACCUUCAACUUUGAAGAUCUCCUGAUCUCUCAGCCUACCCCCGAGCGUCCUCAACCAGUCCAUACACUUACACAACAUUCUUUAUCUCCGACGGGUCCACUUGAUAGCGGAAUCGAAGAAUCACCAUCACAACCAAUCGAUUCAUCCCUUCAAUUGCCCAAAUCAGAUUGCUUGGCACAAUUACCAUACCAACCUGUCGCUUCGGAUCCUGUCGCUUCGGAACCUGUCCCUUCGGAACCUGUCGCUUUCGAUUGCCUACCGGGCAUCCCAAUCUGUACAUCACCCACAUCCUCAUCUCAAACUUCUCCACCUACAACUUUAAGUCCACGCGUCACCACACGUAAACGUUGCCGCGAGGCUGCUUUAAUACAGAGGCCAAAUGUGAUCAACCCCAAUCUACCGGCCCUUAUGGCGAAGUAUCAUCUUCACUCCUGGCUCGAACCAUUUGUUAUAGAUAUCCGAGAAGUUAAAGCGGAUGGACAUUGUGGCUUCCGAGCCAUUGCCAUUUCAAUUGGGCAAUCCCAGGACGAAUGGGAACGCAUACGUGAAAAGAUGGCCGAUACGGUAAAAAACAUCGAGGAUGAACGUCCAUUACCUGAGAAUCGUUCUGAUGCUUUAGCUCGCCUUCUCACCAGCAAACCCAAUGUGGCGUCCGACCGGAAACAUUGGCUUGGCAUGCCCAGUUGGGGUGGAGUCAUUGCAACUACCUUCAACCGACCGGUGUUGUACUACGAUCCUGGCUCAUAUAGUCAGCUGGUUUUUCCUUACUUCUCCCCUUAUAACAUGAACCCUCCAAUCGUCCUCGCCUAUGCUGACCUCCACUUCACAUCCCUAUUACUCGACUUCACAAAGCCGAACUUCCCCGCCCCACGACUAUGUGGAACAUGGCGAAGGUUUCAUAAACCCGAGGCCUCAACUUGGCUUGAACCUUGGCAACCGCUUAUAGACGGUCAUGCAGAGCAUAUGAAGGGUCUUAAUAAACAUCGGAAAAAAAAGAAAAAUCCGGUUUGUAUUGUAGAUUAA